UUGUCGAAUUAAUAAAUACCCCUUUGUAUUUUAACCCCUUCUUCUAACACCAACCAACCUUACGAUGAGGACUAUUUCGCUUUCUGUGGCCCUCCUGGCCGUUGCUGGCAUGGUGCAUGCGGAGACUUCUACCUCCUGUGCGCAAACGUGUGUCGACAGCAUGAAUGCAUUGGCAUCCUCUCUGGGUUGCACGAGCGGCGACCUGUCCUGCCUGUGCCAGAGCGCGGACUACAAAUACGGCAUCUACGACUGUACGACCGAGGCUUGCCCUUCAGCCAACGCUGAACAGGUUCUGUCUUCUGCUCUCGCCGAUUGCCCAACUUCAACUGCUACUGCUUCCUCGGGUUCUUCGACCACUGGUUCUGGCUCUGGCUCUGGCUCUGGAGCUACCACCACUGGUACAGGUGCGACCACCACUGGUACUGGAGCAAACGGCAGUGGAACGACUGGUAGUGGAACAACUGGUGCUGGCGCCACCGGUACUGGGGCUACAGGCACUGGAGCAUCGGGAACUGGAGCAUCUGGCACUGGAGCGUCGGGAACUGGUGCAACUGGCACUGGAGCCACAGGAUCUGGAGCAACCGGCACUGGGGCAACUGGAAGUGGAGCGACCGGCACUGGGAAAACCAGCACCAAAACAGCUGGCACUACGCUGACCACUACUUCUACUGCCUCUAACAACGGAGGCUCUAGCGCCACUGGAACCUCUGGUUCCGGCUCUGGCUCUUCUUCCUCUUCCACUUCGACCGGUGCUGCCCACCCUAUGGCCACUGUCGGCAGCGGCAUCGUCGGUGCUCUUGGCCUUGUCGCCAUGCUCGUUCUCUAAGCACAACACCCCUCUAUGGCAGAACGUUUUCUGCCAAGUGAUUUUAUGUGUUACGAUGGUUCAUUGCUGGGAUGAGUUAUGUCUAUAUGGUCCGCAUGACUAGCGAUACGCUCUUAAUAAGUAGAUAAUCCUGUACCUUCCUUACGAUACGCUAUAAUGCUCGC